AUGACAGCCCGCAGACUACUGGCUGACCUUUCCCCAGCUGCCACUCCAUCUAGGCUUGCCUUUUCCGCAUUCCCCUUCCCCUUCCCCCUCCCCUCCCAGGCUAGCCUAUCCCCUGCUCCCUCCCCACAACGGCUUGCCUUGCCCCUUCUGCCGCACCACCCUCGCUGGCCUUUUCCCCCUUCCCUACCCACACAGGCUUUCAUUUGCCAUCAUCCCAACCCAACCCUGGCUCGCCUAUCCCCCUCUCCCCCCCCCACCCUGCAUCCCCUUUCCCCCUCCCCUUCUCCACCCUGGCUUGCCUUUCCCCUUCUGCCUCUCAAUCCAGGCAUGCCCCUUCCCCUUCCCCCUCCCCUCCCAGGCUUGCCUAUCCCCUGCUCCCUCCCCACAACGGCUUGCCUUGCCCCUUCUGCCGCACCACCCUCGCUGGCCUUUUCCCCCUUCCCUACCCACACAGGCUUUCAUUUGCCAUCAUCCCAACCCAACCCUGGCUCGCCUAUCCCCCUCUCCCCCCCCACCCUGCAUCCCCUUUCCCCCUCCCCUUCUCCACCCUGGCUUGCCUUUCCCCUUCUGCCUCUCAAUCCAGGCAUUCCCCUUCCCCUUCCCCCUCCCCUCCCAGGCUUGCCUAUCCCCUGCUCCCUCCCCACAACGGCUUGCCUUGCCCCUUCUGCCGCACCACCCUCGCUGGCCUUUUCCCCCUUCCCUACCCACACAGGCUUUCAUUUGCCAUCAUCCCAACCCAACCCUGGCUCGCCUAUCCCCCUCUCCCCCCCCCACCCUGCAUCCCCUUUCCCCCUCCCCUUCUCCACCCUGGCUUGCCUUUCCCCUUCUGCCUCUCAAUCCAGGCAUUCCCCUUCCCCUUCCCCUCCCCCACCCAGGCUUGCCUAUCCCCUGCUCCCUCCCCACAACGGCUUGCCUUUCCCCUUCUGUCUCACCACCCUCGCUGCCCUUCUCCCCCUUCCCUACCCAUCCAGGCUGUCAUUUGCCAUCAUCCCACCCCACCCUGGCUCGCCUAUCCCCCUCUCCCCCCCCCACCCUGCAUCCCCUUUCCCCCUCUCCAACACCACCCUGGCUUGCCAAUCCCCUUCUGCCUCUCAAUCCAGGCAUUCCCCUUCCCAUUCCCCUCCCCCACCCAGGCUUGCCUAUCCCCUGCUCCCUCCCCACAACGGCUUGCCUUUCCCCUUCUGUCUCACCACCCUCGCUGCCCUUCUCCCCCUUCCCUACCCAUCCAGGCUGUCAUUUGCCAUCAUCCCACCCCACCCUGGCUCGCCUAUCCCCCUCUCCCCCCCCACCCUGCAUCCCCUUUCCCCCUCUCCAACACCACCCUGGCUUGCCAAUCCCCUUCUGCCUCUCAAUCCAGGCAUUCCCCUUCCCCUUCCCCUCCCCCACCCAGGCUUGCCUAUCCCCUGCUCCCUCCCCACAACGGCUUGCCUUUCCCCUUCUGUCUCACCACCCUCGCUGCCCUUCUCCCCCUUCCCUACCCAUCCAGGCUGUCAUUUGCCAUCAUCCCACCCCACCCUGGCUCGCCUAUCCCCCUCUCCCCCCCCACCCUGCAUCCCCUUUCCCCCUCUCCAACACCACCCUGGCUUGCCAAUCCCCUUCUGCCUCUCAAUCCAGGCAUUCCCCUUCCCCUUCCCCUCCCCCACCCAGGCUUGCCUUUCCCCUGGCCGUCGUUUCCAGCACCUAUGCAGCCCCUUCGUGAUAGACUGCGAUGGGGAUCAGAAUCGGAAUGUAAUAGCCGUCAUCUUCCCACCACCCGACCUCCGCUUCCCCGCCACCCCAUCUCCCCUGCUCGCCGACCGAUCUCCCGUGCAACCCGCCCGAGUUCCCGUUCCCGCGGCCCGAUCUCCCAUUUCUGCCGCCCAAUAUCCCCUUCUCGCCUCCUCUCGCCUCCCCGCGCGUGCUCCUCUCGCCUCUCAGCGCGUGCUCCUCUCCCCUCCCAGCGCGUGCUCCUCUCCCCUCCGCGUGCGUGCUCCUCUCCCCUCCGCGUGCGUGCUCCUCUCCCCUCCGCGUGCGUGCUCCUCUCGCCUCCCCGCGAGUGCUCCUCUCCCCUCCCCGUGCGUGCUCCUCUCGUCUCUCCGCGCGUGCUCCUCUCGCCUCCCCGCGCGUGCUCCUCUCCCCUCCCCGUGCGUGCUCCUCUCGCCUCCUCGCGCGGCAUCCCCCCUGCACGCCCUCAUUUCCCCCCCUGCACGCCCUCAUUUCCCCCCCUGCACGCCCUCAUUUCCCCCCCUGCAGGCUCUCAUUACCCCCCUUUUAUGCACCCGUUUCCCCUCUGCUCACUCUCUUUCACCCCUCACUCACGCGUUUUCCCCUCUGCUCACUCUCUUUCCCCCACACUCACCCUUUCUCCCCUCUGCCCACUCUGUUUCCCCCGUCACUCACCUUCUUACCGAAUUCUCACUUUUCAUUCACCCCUUUUUCCAAUCCCGCUUCCCCUUUUCCAUCUCUCCUUCAUGCCUCCCACCACCUCUCCCUGCCUUCCUUGCUUCUCUCCUUAUCUCCUUCAUGCCUCCCACCAUCUCGUUUUCCUUCUCAUCUCUUGUGGGCCACAUCACAAGGCCCGUCUGCCCUCUCACACUCUUCCUGCCAUUCUCACUCUCGCAAUCCUCACCGCCGUCCCUUCCUUCCUGUAACCAAUCUCCCCUCCCCCCUUUUCCCUUCCUUCCCUCCACUUCCUCCCCUUCCCUUCCUUCUCUCCCCAUCAUUCCCUCCCCUUCCUCCCCUCCCCUUCAUCCCCAUCCCUGCCCUUUCCUCCCUGCCCUUCCCUUCUCGACCCCGCCCUUCUACGUCACUCCUCGCCUUCUGCCCUCCAGUUCAUGUGCAUGUGCUGCCAUCACUUUUGCCCCAUACAUGCAUCUUAUUAACUCAUGUUUACUCGCUUGUAUUCCCUUUUCACCCUCCGUCCCUUCAAAUCUCCCCUCACUUACUACCCAUCUCCCUGCCUUUCCAUCACACCUCCCUGCCUUCUCAUGGAUUUGA